AUGCGUAAAAACUGUCUCACUUGUAAAUACAUAUCUGACGGACAAACUUCAUACACAUUCCACGCUACAGCCGAAACCAGACCUAUCACUAAUAACAUUGACUGUAACUCCAAAAACGUCAUUUACAUGAUACAAUGCAACCACUGCUCCAAACAAUACAAAGACGACUCAAAGACCGCUUCAUCGAACACCGCAGACCAGGUUGACAACCCAUCUAAUAUCUCUAAACCCACCACAAUCUCAGAACACUUUCUUACUAAUGAUCACUAUGCUAAGGACAUCACACUUAUCCCACUAGAGCUCAUUAAAUCUAAUAGAGACAGUGUACGAAAAGCUAGAGAAGCAUACCUCAUCGAGAGAGGUAAAAUUUUUAAACCAUUAGGUAUGAAUAAGAAAGAUGAAAUGUAA